GUGGGAAACUUUUAACCUAGAGUUAACGCGUUUCGACUUCUGCGAAACGCAAAUGAAAUAAUAAUUGCUUUGGAAGAAGGUCCAGAAACCAAAACGGAAUAAAACCAAAUAAAACAUAAAACGGAAGAGAAAGUUUGCCUCAAGAGAAGAGACUGAAAAACCAUCAUCAUGUCAGCGAUGUUAGGAAAAGCUUUGGUUUCUGAUAAAAUAUCUAAAAUUUCCAAAGGACUUGGAAUAGAUGAUGAGAAGGAAGAGGAAGAGAAUCACCUGUCAUCUGCUGAUUUGAAGAAGAUGAAGCAAGAAGAUUUAAAAAAGGAAGAAGAAAAGAAGAAAAGGGAAGAGAUGCAGGCAAAACGACGAGCUGAAAGGUCAGCACGGCGAGACGAAAUCCGAGAUAAAUAUGGAUUAGAAAAAAAGGAAUCAGAUACUAAAAAGACUAACACAAUGGAGAAAAAACCAGCUACCAAAACACAAAUUGAAGAUAAAAAAGAUGAUGAUAAAUGUUGUGUUAUGUGAUAUGUAUGAAUUUAGAGAAACAUAUGUUUGAUAUGUAUAUAUUGUAAAACCUCGAAUAAAAGCCCUUUGCUUCUAUUUUUUAGGACCCAUGGAAGGGCUUUUCGAAAUGGGCCUCUUUUCGAGAUUACUUGUGCAAACUAAAAAGUGGGGCUUCUUUUCAAAAUGAAUGCUAUAAAUUUUGGAAUUGCUAUUUCGACAUUUUUCAAAAUUCUGUUUAAUAAUUUACACGAUGGGCUUCUUUUUGAGAUUACUUUUGCAAACUGACGAGGGGGCUUCUUUUUGAGGUCAUCUCCUCGAGGUUAAGCCCAUGGGGCCAGGGCUUCUAUACAAGGUUUUACAGUAUUAUAUAACUUUGAAGCUGCAUUAGCAUAUGAAAUAAAUUUUAUGUUAUUAAUUUAUGGAGCAACCAGAUAUAUUUUUGUUCAGCUAAAUGCAGGCACGGUGAUGGCUAUAAACGUAGACUUAGUAAAUAAAAUGAGUAAGAGUUUGAUUCAAGUGUAAAUCGGGGCGGAUUUAGGGAGGGGCACCCCCCCCUUUUUGCCACUGCCACCUUUUAUACGAAAUGGCUUAAAAA